UGACAAAUAAAGGUUGCGUUCAUGUGCGCCGAGUCACCUCGUCGAAAGAGAAACCAUCCGAUGGAAGCAAAAUGGCUGUGGUCUGACGUUUCCUAACUAAACUCACCACAGAUUCAUUUGACGGAAUCGCAAGUACAGCAAAUUAGGAAACAGGACAUCCUCACUAGCAUCAUGUCCGCGAUGAAAACUCCUCAAGCCGCAUCAGCUCUUCAGCUAUGCAGGAUCAUGCGCCCCGAUGAUGCCAACAUUGUCGGGAAUGUGCAUGGUGGCAACAUCCUGAAGAUGAUUGAAGAAGCUGGAUGCAUUAUCAGCACGCGGCAUUGCAACACACAGAAUGAGGACCGCUGCUUGGCAGCUUUGGUUCGGGUGGAGAAGACCGAGUUUUUGUCUCCCUUGUUCAUCGGAGAGGUUGCCCAUGCCACCGCUGAGAUCACGUUCACCUCGCAGCACUCACUUGAAGUGCAGGUCAAAGUCAUGGGUGAGAACAUCCUCACAGGUGACAAAAAACUGGUCAACAGGGCCGUGCUGUGGUACGUACCCUGCUCUCUGCAGAAUGUCGACAAGAUCAUGGAGGUGCCACCCAUCAAGUUUAAUGGAGAACAAGAGGAGGAGGGACGGAAGCGCUACGAGACCCAGAAGACUGCGAGGCUGAAAACCAAAGAGAUGAUUGAAGAAGUUGUCCCACCUCCACCAAAUCCAGAAAAGCACACAGUCGGCUUCAGUCAGUCCAGUCUGAUCCAUUUGGUGGGCCCAUCUGACUGUACACUACAUGAUUAUGUACAUGGAGGUGUAACCAUGAAGUUAAUGGAUGAAGUAGCAGGAAUUGUGGCGGCACGUCACUGCAACACCAACAUUGUCACGGCCUCUGUAGACGCCAUCAACUUUCACCGCAAGAUUAAGAAAGGCUGUGUGGUGACCGUAACUGGCCGUCUCACAUUCAUCAGCAAUAAGUCCAUGGAAAUCGAAGUGGUCGUAGAUGCGUGCUCGCUGGUAGAUGCGGAGAAAGUCAGCUAUCGCGCAGUCUCUGCCUACUUCACCUUUAUCUCGCUGGACAAGUUUGGCAGAGCUCAGCCUGUCCCUCCUCUUAAGGUUCAUGGCGAGGAGGAGCAGAGGCGUUACGAUGAAGGCCAAGCACGUUACCUCUUCAAUAAAGCCAAGAGACUUGCAGAGAGGGAGGCCAAACAGUGAUACGGGUGGAACACAACAUCGAAGGAAAAAAAAAAAGUCCUAUUCUCCUCAUCUGUAAUUGUAGCCUUCUCCUGGACUUUGACUUGUGUCCUACACCAAAGCAUAUCGUUGCUGUCAGGUCUAAUUCUCACUACUCCAAUCAGGAAAUCAAAUAUUACUAUUGGACACUUACAUUAACACAACACAAGUCGAAAAUGUUGAUUCGCUAAAUUACGCCGCUAAAAAUUAAACUGUUCUUGCUAAACUUCAUAGGUGUUAGAACCUCAAAUGAUGCAAUUAAUACAACAAUAAGACAACUAAAGCCCUGUUUUAGACUGAUAUUAAUAUAUCAUUUAUUAGUAUAUUAAUGAUAUUAAUAUACUGAUAUUAAUCUGCAUGAAAGCAUAAUGUACCUCAAUGGACUCCGAGUUUCCUUCUAUAACAAUGCAUUAAAAAUGUAAUUAAAAAAAAGCCUACCUAGCCUAUCAAAGAUCACUAUUUUCUCUCUUUACUAUGUAAAAAAACAUCCAGACUGUCAGUCCUGGCAACAAUCGUACCGCAUGACUUCUGUUUCGAGAGGGACGAAGUCAAAUUGUACAAUUGUGACAUUUUGAGAAUUAAAGCUUUGUUAUCAUAUGGCGGCAGAUACUUAUAUAGCAAAUGUCAGGUUUUGCGGGUGUGCUAACACGGAUCUUAACAGGACAUAUGUGGAUUCAUGAAUUAUGAUGGAUAUAUAUUUUUUUUAACCUGACAGGACAACCAUUUAAGUCAUUGGCAGCCAUUGACAUCGCUAGACAUCCAAUUCAUCUGUCUCUCCCAGGAAAAAUGGAUCGAAUGUCCACCACCAUCAAUGACAUGCAGUAAGUUUAAUAUUAUGAAAAAAAAUGUGCGCUUCUGUUUCAUUAAUCUAAAUUUGAUUAAUUUAGUUUGUUAUUAACAUUGUUUUAAAUUAUACAUUUAUAAUUAUAAAAAAUAUCAAAAUACAAGAACUGAUCGUUUAAAACAAUAUUUAAUCAUAAUUGCAAAUAUUUACGUUUUUUUUCCUUGAACAAAAAUAGUCACUGGCUCCCUAUAAAGGGUUAAUUGUCUUACGUGCCAACAUUUAAAUAGCUUUCCACUGUAGUGACCUCUGUCCCAGAAAGGGUUAAAUGGACUUUAUUUUGACAUACUGGAUUUCAACCGGACAGCGACGAUAUAUUUACUUACUAAGAUUUUAUUUUCAAAGGACUUAAUAAAUUGUACAGCGUAAUGACAAAAUGUGAAUAAUAAAUAAAGGAGAAAUGAUGA